AUGAACUUGACUUGUACUGUAUCUGCUGCUGCGUCAAUAAUAGAUUUAACAGAUCUUGCUCCAGAUGAAAGACGAGGCCUUCUUUUUGACGUAAAUAUGCCUUUGGAGAUUCCGAUAGACGAUUUUAAUGAUACCUGGUGGCCCUUAGUUUCUAAUAUAUGGACUCAAUGGAAUUCAUAUAAAGGUGUAAAUGGUGAUGUCUCGAAAGUUUUCGCCUGCCGAUUUACUAAGCACCGGGAUUCAAGUGGCCGCCAAAAAGAAAAUAUUCCAAAUGAAAAACGCAGAAUGACGAAAUCACGAUCGUCGGGACUGUGUGAGGCGAAGAUAAAGGUUUCCUGGCUGGUUUCAUCAAACAAGGUUAAGGUUGAACGCUAUAAAGACUCACCAAAUCAUUCACAUUCUUUGAAGGAAGGUGAUAGAAUAAAACGCUCUAAAGCAAUAAGAACACUUGUAGAACAAGAAGCGGUUAAAAACUAUUCGCCUCCGGCGAUAACUGCUGCCAUUAAAGAGUAUGCGACGAUUAAGCUAGGUGUUGGAUCUGGCGUGCGUGAAUUAAAACAGAAGGAAGUAGCAAAUAUUAAGUACAAGGUUUGUGGGCCCGCUGAAGCGCACCUUGUUGGUGAUCCUAAUAUAAAAAUAGACAUUUCAAAUUCUGUAUCAUACUUAAAAGAGCAGGGGUAUCAAGUUGAGGACAAUCGUGUUCCUGAACGAAACACCAAAGGCAUUGUUUUUGCGCAUCCCGCGCAGUUAAAGAAACUUCAGCAUCAUGGGGCGCACUUUUAUGUUAGUACCGAAGAUAGUGACACUGUUGGGAAAGCAUUGUGUUUAAUUCGUGGUAGGUUUUGUCUCUGGUUUCCCCGAUAUAUACUUUCUGAUCAAAGUAGUAUUGAGGCAAAAGCUGUUAAAAAAGCAUUUCCUGGUACAAGUGCUGGUGAACAAGAAUGUGAAGUAAUCCUUUGCGUCGUCCAUGUCAUGAGGGUUUGGCUAACAAAAAUUUAUGAAAAAGGACCUCGAGAUAUUAUGAUUGCGACAAUGCACAAAAGGACAAAAAUUGGUUGCGAAAACCUUGUCCAAGAUGCCAUUAAAUGUAUUACCUCUACAAACCCAUUAGAGUCUUACCACAGUGAGUUGAAAAGGGCAACGUCUUCAUUUUAUGGUUUAAUAGGUGCAAUGCACCAUACUGUUGCUCUGGAUAAUAAAAAGCGAUCUGAUUCUGAAGCCAUCGCUUUCGACUUUCGUAUUAAGAAGAUAUCCGCAUAUGGCGUGGCGAGUAAUGUUCUUGAGGAAAUUCACAAGUUUCCUUACCCUUUUCAACAAUUAUUAGUGAAGGAAGCCUGCUCUGUAAUGAGUAGACUUGAAAAAGGAAAAAAUGCUCUGGGUUUAACUUCGCUUGAUUGCCACUGCCUAUUUUACAAUCGGUACUUGUUACCUUGUAGACAUAUUUUCCAUGAACAUACAUAUGGUGCCACAAAAUUACUGACCAUCAAUAUAUGGAGAACAUUUCAGGGGAUGUUUGAGGAAAGUGGAUAUGAAGUUUACGAACGUCGUGAAUUAGUGAUUGAAGAAAUUGCAAAAACUGAACAACAAAAAAAAGAAGAAAGUUUGAAACUUGCCGUGAAUGAACUAAAUGAAAGGGUACAAGACAAAUAUUGGCAUACUGUUUCAAGUGGAAAUAUUGGGAGGACGGAGGCUUUUGUUUCGAUGUUAGAAGCCUCCAUAGAUUCUUUUUUCUUACAAUUCGACCAUUUAAGUAUAAAUAAUUAA